AUGGCGGCGGCGGCAAGAACAACGAGCCUCCUUGCGGCGGCGUUGGCGGCGUUCCUGGCGCUGACGGCGGUGCCGGCGGUGCUGUGCCAGGCGCCGGGGCCGGCGGCGCCCAAGGGCCCGCCGAACGUGACGGCGAUCCUGGAGAAAGGCGGGCAGUACACGACCUUCAUCCGCCUGAUGAAGUCGACGCAGCAGGACACGCAGCUCAACAGCCAGCUGAACAACUCGUUCGGGAGCGGGUACACGGUGUUCGCGCCCACCGACAACGCCUUCGCCAGCCUCAAGCCGGGCACGCUGAACAAGCUGUCGCAGCAGGAGCAGGUGUCGCUGGUGCAGUUCCACGUCCUGCCGGAGUUCUACUCCCUCGACUCCUUCGAGACCGCCAGCAACCCCGUCCGCACGCAGGCGUCGGGCUCCAACGGGCCCUACACGCUCAACAUCACCGCCGACAGCAACAGCCAGGUGAACGUGUCCACGGGCGUCGUCGCCACCCGCCUCGGCACCGCACUGCGCGCGACGCAGCCGCUCGCCGUCUACUCCGUCGACACCGUGCUGCUGCCCAACGAACUGUUCGGUGUCAAGCCCCCGGUGUCGGCGCCGCCCGCGCCCUCAAAGAAGCCCGCCAAGGGGGGAUCCAUCGCCGAGGCGCCCGCCGGCGGCUCGGCCGACUCGGCGCCCUCUGGAGCGGCCGCGCGCGGCGCCAGGGUCACCGGCUGGAGCUCGCUGGCCUCUCUGCUCCUGGGUGCCGCCGCCUGCACCCUGCUGUAA